AUGUACCUGGUUGGCAUCAUCCCAGGGCCCAGAGAACCAGCUCUCGAAGAGAUUAAUCACUUCUUUCGGCCGGUAGUCGACUUCUUCCUACCAUCCUGGAAAGAUGGGAUCUGGUUCACCAAGACCAUAAACCACACAGCUGGUAGGCUCUCCCGAUCUGUCAUUGCGGUUGCAGUCAAUGAUUUGCCGGCUGCACGCAAACUGGCAGGCCGUGCAGGUCCAACCACAAAUCAGAUGUGCAGGCUGUGUUGGCUCCUGAAGUCAGAUAUCACAGACUUUGACUGCAAAAAAUGGAGGCGACAUACACUCGAGGAACAUAAAGCGGCGGCAGAAGAGUGGGUAAAUGCAGAAUCAAAGGUGGAGUGCGACAAGAUAUUCAAACAACAUGGGGUGAGAUGGUCAGAGCUUUUGCGGCUGCCAUACUGGGAUCCAAUGAGGUUCAUUGUGAUCGAUGGCAUGCACAACCUAUUCUUGGGAUUAGUUCAACACCACUUCAGAGAUGGACCGAAGGGAUCGGAAGUACUGUCAGACAACAAGAUAAAUGCUAUCCAGGAAAAGUUGGGAAACGUUCAGAGGCCAACAUGGCACUGUGGCCUGCCAAAAAACCUAGGGGACACGGAACACGGCAAGUUCAAGGUGGAACAGUGGAAAUCGUCAAUUGAAUUUGACUUACCAGUAGCUCUGAUGCAAUUGUGGGGUUCCAAACAUACAGCUGAUGGCACCAAUGCUGAUCGCAAAUCUCAACUGCAGAAGUUGGUUCACAGCACAAUGCUGCUGGUGAUUGCAAUCCGUUGGGGAACUUCACAUGUAACAUCAUCACAUCACGCUCAGCAAUACACUAGAUAUAUGAAGGCAUACCUCGAGUCUAUCAAAGGAAUAUUCACGCAUCAUUCUUGGCGCCCAAAUCAUCAUGCCGCUCUUCACAUCCGCGAGUUCCUCUUGAGAUAUGGUCCUAUGCAUGGCUGGUGGAUGUUUCCGUUUGAGAGAAUCAUCAGUGCACUCCAAAAAACGAACACCAACUACAAGAUAGGUGAGCGAGCUAUACACUAA